GCAAAGGUCAAGAAAAAGCAACCCCCAACUCAAUCAACAUGCAUACAGAGUCAGCUCAGUCCCCAUUCUGAUGAUGGCCGCUUUGGCCGUCAAACAACACAAAGUCACAGAAUCAAAACAAACAACACUUCCUCCUCUGCUCACCUUCUAUGACCCUUUCCCUCUUCUUAAACCCCCUCUUCUCUAUUCUCCUUGGUUUCUGUGCUUUCCCAUUUUCUCAACUCUCUCUCUCUUUUGCAUUCGGUAAAGAAAGAAAAAAGGUAAAGACUUUCUUGUUAUUUGUUCCUUUUGCUGUGUAAAAAAAAACCCCAUUUUGAAGAAGAGAAAAGGGUGUCUUAAAAUCUCGAUUUUUUAUAAAAAUGGGAAGCAAAUGGGCUAAAGUGAAGCUGGCUUUGGGCUUGAAUCUUUGUACUUAUAUUCCAAGAACACUUGAUAAUGAUGAUUAUGAUGAAGAGGAUAGUUCUUCCUCUGUUUCUGAGCCUGAGAAGAACUCCAGCGCCGCCCUUAUCUCGCCGGUGACGGCUGACAUCCAACGUGCUCCUCCGGCCACGGUGCCUCAUGGGUCGAAGUUGUCCAAGAGCUUUAGUAGGCCUUCUAAGAGAACGUGCUCUAUAUGUUUGGCUUCAGUGAAGCGAGGGGAUGGUCAUGCAAUAUUUACUGCUGAAUGUUCACAUUCAUUUCACUUCCAGUGUAUUGUUUCAAAUGUAAAACAUGGAAACCAAAUUUGCCCAGUUUGCAGGGCAAAAUGGAAAGAAAUCCCUGUUAAUUUUCCCAGCCUGGAUACUCCCCUUGGGAAGGCUAGAAUCAAUCCCGUAGACUGGCCCCAAAAUAAUGUGUUAACGACAGUAACACAUCGUCCACCAGUAAGUCGUCCAACCCCCAAUCGGCAUAUUUCACCAUUAUUUCAGGCUCCCGAGCCUGCCAUCUUUAAUGAUGAUGAACCUGUGGGUCACCAAGUUGAUUCUACUGACAAAAGUGCUUCACAUGAGAGUUCAAUAGACAUUUGUGACAACAGAGCUGUAAAGAUUGAAACUUUUCCAGAGGUUCCCGCUGUCCCAAGGUCUAUACCUACAAAUAAUUUCUCUGUAUUAGUUCAUCUCAAAGCUCCUGGUUCAGUUUCGGUUCAAGAUUCCUGCAGAAACCAGGCUAGUUUGCCCAAAGAAUCCCAUAUGCCUCGUGCACCUGUUGACCUUGUGACAGUUAUUGAUGUAAGUGGAAGUAUGGCUGGCACCAAACUUGCACUACUAAAACGGGCUAUGGGUUUUGUGAUACAGAAUCUUGGUUCCAGUGAUAGAUUGGCAGUAAUCGCCUUCUCUUCAACAGCUCGCCGCCUCUUCCCGCUUCGUCGGAUGUCUGAAACAGGACGGCAGCAAGCACUACAAACUGUAAACUCCUUAGUUGCUAAUGGAGGAACCAAUAUUGCUGAAGGCUUGAGAAAGGGUGCCAAAAUAAUGGAAGACCGCAGGGAAAAGAACCCAGUUGCUAGUAUAAUUCUGUUAUCUGAUGGUCAGGACACAUAUACAGUCAAUAAUCAUGGUAGUAGUAACCAGCAGCAACCCAAUUACAAGUUGCUUCUUCCCUUGUCUAUUCACAGCGGAGACAGUUCAGGGUUUAGAAUUCCAGUGCAUGCUUUUGGGUUUGGUGUGGAUCAUGAUGCUUCAUCAAUGCAUUCGAUAUCAGAGAUUUCAGGAGGGACCUUUUCUUUUAUUGAGACAGAAGAUAUAAUACAGGAUGCAUUUGCUCAAUGCAUUGGAGGUCUCCUCAGUGUCGUAGUCAAGGAUCUGCAGGUAAGCAUCGAGUGUCUUCAAACAGGAGUCCAGCUUGGCUCUUUGAAAGCUGGAAGCCAUCCAAACCGUUUAAUGUCUGAUAGACGGAUGGGAUCAAUUGAUGUUGGAGAUCUAUAUGCCGAUGAAGAAAGGGACUUUCUGGUUUCAAUCAAUAUCCCCGCCGAAUCAUUGAGCCCAGAAACUUCACUUUUGAAGGUUAAGUGUGUUUAUGUGGAUCCUUUGACGAAACAAACGGUUACCCUCAGAAGUGAAGAACUUAAAAUAAAGAGACCGGAAAAGGUUGUACAAGAGCGUGUUUCGAUCGAAGUAGACAGGCAGCAGAACAGACUCCGAGCAGCUGAAGCAAUGGCUCAGGCGCGAGCAGCUGCUGAGAAAGGAGACCUGGUUGGUGCAAGUUCCAUCCUAGAAAACUGCCGAAAGUUGUUGGCUGAGUCAGUGUCGGCUAAAUCUCAAGACCGGCUCUGUAUUGCACUUGAUGCUGAGCUCAAGGAGAUGCAGGAGAGAAUGGCAAGCAGACAUGUAUAUGAAGCAUCAGGAAGGGCAUAUAUAUUGUCCGGACUAAGCUCACACUCAUGGCAGAGAGCAACAGCACGAGGUGACUCUACAGAUGGAUCAAGUCUCAUCCAAGCCUAUCAAACCCCAUCAAUGAUAGAGAUGGUAACUCGCUCUCAGGCUACAUUACUUGGUAGCCCAUCUGCUCAGAGAUUUGUUCGACCGGUAUGGUCAUUAGCAUCCCAGCCGAAUCCUAGGUACAUAACCAGGGAGGGUUUCUAAUCAUAAGAGGUUACAAAUGUACUUCAUUUGUCUUUUAGUAUAAUUAGUUUUGGGAUGGAACUAGAGAAGUUUUUUUAUGUCAAUAUAUUCCUGUCUAUUCUUGUAAAGGAAUAAACUUUGAUCAAGGGGAAAAUGGUAAGGGUAAAAUAUAAAUUUUAGAAAAGUGGGGGGAUGCACUAGUUAGGUUAUUGCUUUUUUGUUGCUUUUCUUUAGAAUUUUGUAGUUGUGGGUGAUGUACAUAAGGAAAGAUUUGUCUCAAGGAAAAAUGGGUACAAGUAAUUUUGUGGGAUCUACCUUGUGAAAUUUCAUCUAUAUAUAGGUGAAGGUGAUCCUGUACAAAAAUUAGUCUUUUUUGCAUGGCUUCUUGAAUUGAUCCUUUUGCUUUUCUCUAACUGUAUGUAAAUCAGUUGCUUUCAGGUGUCUGGAAAGAUUCCUCUUUUAUUCAA